UAAGGAGCAGGAUUCAAGAUUACACGGCCGUUGAUGGCGUGCAUAUACCGUAUUCAUUCGGAUAGUGGCCGCGGCAGAGUAGCCGUACCUACUUCCCACUGGUGGAUUGCCAACCAGACCGAGCGGCUCAAAAGGAGCGCUUUCCAGACUGAAUGAAAGGCUGGGCUUUCGCGCUAGGUUUUUUGUGGCCAACAGAUGGCAGGCGCAUUGAUGUCGUCAACAGAUGCUCAAGGCCUAUGAUCAUUGCCCCAACAGGGGGUAACGCACAAGUGCCUUGCGGAAAUUGCCCUGGCAUGACAUGCAAUCCAAUCAACAACCAGUGCUAUUUCGAUUUUGAAAUGCCUGGGAAUGACUGGACGAUUGACCCAGGAGAGCAGAUCUCUUUGUAUACUCCCAAUGAGGCGGUUCGACAAGGGAACGGUGUUGUGGCAGAUUGGAGCGGGAAGCUUGAAUUCUACGCAAAUCACACGCGAGAUGGAGGCUUGAUAGCUUCUGCCUUCUGCAACAACAAGCCAUUUUGUCCUUCGUACCAAGGUUUGAACGGAGUCGCCACUGCAGUUGAGUUCACUUUGGUACCAUUUGGUCCAGACUUUUAUGAUGUUUCUGUCAUCAACGGCUUCAACGUUGCCAUUGAAAUGAAGCCGAGCACUCGUUUUGACCGAGUAAGUGAAGAAGCUGCGGGUAGUCACAAGGGCUACAACUGUGGCGCAGCUGGAGCUUUUCAUCAGAAAGACACCCGGUUGAGCUCAUGUUCUUGGGCCUUCAACACAUCGACAGAUGUGCAACGAGAUUUAGGACCUUUACUUCGACAGGUGGAUGGCAAUGGAGUUCCUUGCACCUCCAACUCAGACUGCCUUGAAACAAACACCCGGUGCGGGCAAAAGGCAGUCCGAGUUCGGAAUGCAUUGACAGGACAGGACCAACCGACUACAGAGAUUCGCAUGGAAUGUGGCCAUCAAAUCGGUGGGUGGUCCAUCUACCAGCUCUGCGUUUGGAGUGGCAAUAACUAUGUGAGCCCUGCUCCAUUUGAUGGGCUGAUAGACUGCCCGGCACAUCAUCAGAUGUUUGCGUGUGCUGGUGCUGCACCGUGGACCACCACCUGCUAUUCUCAGCAUACCGGGUCCUGCUGCGGUUGCGCGAAUUGGCAACAGCUCCUGAACACUUCAGUUCCAAAAGCGCAUGAAGGUUGCCAAGGAUCUGAUCCGUUGUGGCAGAAGUAUGCCAUGCCAUUCCUGGAAAUCUUGAAGCGUGCAUGUCCUACUGCAUACACAUAUGCUUUUGAUGAUGAGUCUUCCACUUUUACUUGUCAGAGCUCCAGCAGCAGGGAUGGAUUUGAAGCGAACGUGGCAGAGAGUCUCAAUCGCAAGUCGGGCCCAGUGGGAUGUUUUCUUUUUGUUGGAUAGCAAAGGCAAAGUAUGUGAGUGACAAAGGCAUUAGAUGGCAUUAGAGCGUUGUCGCUCCGCUGAAGGUAUACAAUCACUCUUUGUCCAAAUCAGAUGGCGACCGUGUCUCAUCAGAACAGCGAUGAGCUCUUGAGAUUGGCGCCCUUGGGACCUUUACACGUCAAUGCAACUGCAAUUUCCAAAGCUUCUUUUCAAUAUCAUGUCUAUUGGAUGUUCCUCCUUUUUCUAAGUCUCCCAAUGAGGAGCUAGUGGUGAAGAUUAUUCCAAAAGUGUUUGAUUUUCGCCCGGAAUCUCGGGAUUCCUGAAUGAUACUUACACAAUGAAAGAUCCAAUCCAUUGCGAAAAUUA